UAGUUGAAUAGCAUUUUUCAUUUUUGUGUUCUUUGCAGGACAUAAUCGUCUAAACAUGGUCAAAAGAUACAUUCAGAGCUUAGUUGCUUGUCUUUUCAAUGUCAUCGUGCAUUUGCAGGGUCCCAAAAUCUUCUAUGGAUAUGUUGAUUCCACCAAGGAUUAUAAGAAUCCUGAUUCUGGCUCUGUAAUUCUCAUGUCCAUCGAGGUACUUACGAGAAUUUCUGGGAAACAGUUUUUGUUCAAUUUAGAUGCCAGCCAUAUAGCGCAGUCCUUGCGUAUGCCUGGAGCACUCUUUCAAAACCUUCUCCACCUCCCAAUCUUUGAAAAUGCUGUAGCACGGAAAUUUUCUGUGGAGCUAUACAAUGCAUGUUGCCGUCUGUUAUGUACUGUUCUCAAGCAUCACAAACGAGAGACUCAACAGUGUGUAGCUCUUCUUGAAGAUUCAGUUAGUGUUCUUCUUCAUUGCUUGGAAAUUGUAAACAUUGAUUCAGUUACUAGAAAAGAUUAUUUUGCGUGGGAACUACAAGAGGCAGUAAUUUGUGCCAGUAGUCUACGAAGAGUUUAUGAAGAGGUGAGGCAGCAAAAGGAUGUCUUUGGUCGCAGUUUGUUUCAGUUUUUAUCUUGUUACAUACGGGUUUAUUGUGCAUUGGGCCCAUCAAGGAUUGGCAUCAGAAGGGAAAUAGAUGAAGCUUUGAGACCUGGUGUUUAUGCUUUAAUAGACUCGUGUUCGACAGAUGAUCUUCAACUUCUUCAUACCUUAUUUGGAGAGGGUCCUUGCAGAAGCACUCUGGCCAGUUUGCAACAUGAUUACAAACUUCAUUUCCAGUUUGAAGGGAAAGUUUGAUGCACUCUCUCUGGAACUUGUGGAGUUCAGUGGAAUUUAUUGAAAUUUAAAUGACUAUCGUUUAGUCGAGGCCCACAAGAGAACCAUGGGUCCUAAUGGGGGCACCACUGGUCUUUCUAUUUG